AUGCUGCGUGCCAAGAGCUUUCAUAUUAUGCUUUUCUUUACUGAUGGAAUUUUAGGUUUGGAUAAGCUUGUAUUCAUGCCCUCAAAUAAUUGUAAAAACACAACAAAAAUGUAUUUUCUACGUCCCAACGUUUUAGGAACUACAUAUACAAAUAACCGACCAAGUAUGAAAGUGGGUGUCCACUUUGUCAGCGACAUGACGUUUCUGGCUUCGAGGAUGCAAGAGCCUGCUCCAGAGUCUUCCGUUUUAAGAUAUCUAAACGUGAUGUUGCACACGGCGGAAUUGUAUUUCAGGGAACUUGACUGCCCCGAGAUAGAACUCUACCUUGUCGGCCUGUACAAUACGACACAAGAAGACGAAGAGACAUUCGAGAUCACCGAGAAAAUAUAUAGUGCCUGCUUCAUGGACGGUCCAUUCACCCUCUCUUUGUUUCAAGAGUGGGUUGAAAAAAAUGAAAUAUUCAACCAAAGCGAUAUCGUAAUCCUGCUCACGAGUUGCCUUAUUCGUGACUACAUUUGGACCUUCACCGAUUUACGCAUAGACGGCGGUAUUUCAUACCAAGAUGGAAUCUGCACGCAUCUCCGUGUUGGUAUCGUGCGAGACAAGGGUCGUGCUUUUUAUGGACUUAAAUCGCUAGUUACGCAGAUCGCACACCUUCUAGGCACACCCUGGGAUGAGGGUCACCAAGCACCAGAAUGUCUCGGCAAAGAUGGAUAUAUCGUGAGCCUCGACACUUCAGAGACCCCCCUUCCCAUGCUUUCGAACUGCACAAAAGACUAUCUUCUCCACAAGUACCAGGACAACAGGCUUAGUCAACCGUGCUGGAUUGAGGCGCCAACCCCGAUUAUACCAAGAACAGCUGACUUACCGGUCCACUAUUUUGAGCAAGAGGAGUUCUGCAGGGCUCAGCGUCCUAUGUUUCCUAACGAUACAUAUUGUCCACAUGAUCAUCCGAGGCAGAAAAGUGCCAAAGCCUGCAAAGUCGCAUGUUGCCAGAAUGAGACAAAGUACAGAGGACCCCGCGAGUCAGUACCCGAUGGCACCAAUUGCACCGGCGAAAAUGGAGAAAAGGUGUGUCUCUCUGCAAUAUGCGUUACGCUAUAA